CAAAACAGUUUUAAGUACGAUUCCCUGGAUUUAUGAAAAGUGGUGCUUGCGUCUUUGCAGUGAAGUUUCUCACCUUCCUGGUGAUGUGAUUUGGCUUCAGAAGGUGGAGCCAACCCCAUGUGUCAUGUUAGCGUGAAACUGACGAGAGCGGAGCAACAACUCGAGUGGGAAUGAGAAAGAUUGACUAAAGCAUUUCUCAAAGUUUUCAAACGAUCUAACACUCUAUUGGUACUUAUUGAAUUUUAAAAAAAAUACAAGUCAUGGAAAAUAUUUCCUAAAAGUGACUCAACGAUACGAACGAAAUCUGGAAAAUAGAAGAUGGACAUUCUGCAGGUGUUGGGCAUAUUGUGGCUGUGGUUUCGAAAUGGUGUUACCGCUCAGUCAGUGUGUGCAGGCACGGAAAACAAGCUGAGUUCACUCUCUGGCCAGGAGCAACAAUACCAGCAACUGCAGAAGAUGUAUACUGACUGUGAAAUAGUGAUGGGCAACUUGGAGAUCACCAACAUUGAUGCCAAUCGAAACCUCACCUUCCUCAAGUCAAUCCGGGAGGUUACUGGCUACCUGCUCGUGGCACUGAAUCAGUUUGAGUAUCUUCCUCUGGAAAAUCUGCGAAUUAUCCGUGGUACAGCACUCUACGAUGACAAGUACGCACUCUCUGUGAUCCUCAACUACCGGAAAGAUGGAGUUCAAGGGCUGAAGCAGCUUGGCUUUAAACAUCUGACAGAGAUUCUGGUGGGAGGUGUAUAUCUGGAAUCCAACAAAUUUCUGUGCCACACGGAGUCAAUUGAUUGGGCUGACAUCCUACACAAGCCAAAGGAGAGAAUGGACUUCAAUGAGACAAAGGAUGCCAUCAAAGGCUGUUCCCAGUGUCAUCCAUCUUGUAAAGGACAUUGCUGGGGCCCGAGUGAGUUAGACUGUCAGAUCUUGACUAAAUCAGUGUGUGCUCCUCAGUGUAAUGGCCGAUGCUUCGGACAGCACAAUCCAAGCGAGUGCUGCCACAGCGAGUGUGCUGGGGGCUGCUCCGGCCCCAAGGAUACCAACUGCUUCGCAUGCAAACGCUUCAAUGACAGCAAUGCUUGUGUUCCAGUCUGUCCACAACCAUUAAUUUACAACAAGCAGUCCUAUCAGCUGGAGCGCAACCCUGACACCAAGUACAUGUACGGAUCUUUCUGCGUGAAGAGCUGCCCUGCGAACUUCAUUGUGGACCAGAGCUCGUGUGUCCGUAUCUGCCCCAGUGGCAAGACGGAGGUCGAGAAAAAUGGGGUAAAGAUGUGUGAGCCCUGUCAAGGCCUGUGCCCUAAAGCAUGCGAAGGAACUGGGGCUGGCAAUCGAUAUCAGACUGUGGAUUCAAAAAACAUCGACAAGUUCAUCAACUGCACCAAGAUCACCGGCAACCUUGAUUUCCUCAUCACGGGGAUCGAGGGGGACCCGUACCACAACACUGCACGUCUGGAUCCAGAAAAGCUGAAGGUAUUUCAGACUGUUCAGGAGAUAACAGGUUACUUGAAUAUCCAGUCCUGGCCAGAAAGCCUGGAGAAUUUCAGUGUCUUUUCCAAUCUAACUACUAUUGGAGGAAGGACACUUUACAACCGCGGCUUGUCCUUGAUGAUCAUGAAGCUGCAGAAUGUGACGUCUCUUGGGUUUCAAUCACUGAAGGAAAUUGGCGCUGGGAAUGUGUAUGUGGCUUUCAAUAAGCAGCUCUGCUACUACAACACGCUGAAUUGGACAGUGCUGUAUCGCCUGAGGGCUCCCCCUCAGUCCCCAAUCAUCAAGGAAAACAAGCAAGGAAAAAUCUGCCAGGCAGAAAAGAAGGUGUGUGAUCCCUUGUGUUCUAGUGAUGGUUGCUGGGGUCCAGGCCCGAGCCAGUGUUUAUCCUGUGCCUUCUAUAGACGUGGUGGAACCUGUGUGAGCAGCUGCCAUUUCCAGGAGGGAGUGCAACGAGAGUACGCCGAGGGCUCCACGUGUAUGCCAUGUCACCCAGAGUGCAAGAAGAUCAAGGGAGGACCCACCUGCAAUGGAACGGGACCUGGUCACUGCUUUCAGUGUGCUCAUUAUAAAGAUGGACCCAACUGUGUGCAGAAGUGUCCUGAAGGAAUCCAGGGAGAGAGAGGUCUCAUCUUCAAAUAUCCAGACAAGAACAAAGAAUGCAAACCCUGCCAUGAGAACUGCACGCAGGGGUGUAAGGGUCCUACUGGGCUGGAUUGCUCUCGCUAUCCUUGGAUGGCCCCCAUCAAAGCAUUACACAAUAGACAAAUCCCCCACAUUGUGGCAGGAAUUGUUGGAGGACUGGUGGCUGUGACAAUUGUGGUGCUGCUGGCUGUUGUUUACUGGAGGAGGCAGAUCAUUCGGAAAAAGAGGGCAAUGCGGCGAUACCUGGAGACAGAGCUGUUGGAUCCCCUCGAUCCCACUGCCGACUCACCCAGUCAGGUGAACACACGGAUUCUGAAAGAGACGGAACUGCGCAAAAUAAAGGUCUUGGGGUCUGGAGUAUUUGGAACAGUGUACAAGGGUUUCUGGAUUCCUGAGGGUGAGUCUGUGAAGAUUCCAGUGGCCAUCAAGGUCCUGCAGGAAGGACAUUGCUCUGAGACCUCAAGGACUGUGAACGAGGAUAUGUUGAUGGUGGGCAGUCUGGAUCACCAUCAUGUACUGCGGCUUCUUGGAAUCUGUCCUGGAGCACCACUCCAGAUAGUAACACAGCUCCUGCCACUUGGCUCUCUCCUUGAGUACCUCCACAAAAACAAGGAAACUAUCCAGUCUCAAAUGCUUCUCAACUGGUCUGUUCAGAUUGCCAAGGGUAUGAGAUACCUGGAGGAGAAGAAGAUGAUUCAUCGGAACCUGGCUGCCAGAAAUGUACUGGUGAAAUCCUCUAGCCAUGUUCAAAUUACAGACUUUGGUAUCACCAACCUUUUGGCAUUGGAUGAAAAGAAGUAUUUCUUCGAUGAAGUUAAGAUGCCCAUUAAAUGGAUGGCACUAGAGAGCAUCCACUUUAGAAGAUACACCCACCAAAGUGAUGUGUGGAGUUACGGUGUCACCAUAUGGGAGCUGAUGACAUUUGGCAGUAAACCAUAUGAGGACAUUGCUGUUCGUGAGAUCCCUGGUCUGUUGGAGAAAGGUGAACGCUUACCACAGCCUCAUAUCUGUACCAUUGAUGUUUACAUGGUGAUGGUGAAAUGCUGGAUGAUUGACGAAGACAGUCGUCCUACAUUCAAAGAACUUGGUGCAGAAUUUUCUCGAAUGGCCCGGGAUCCAGAUAGAUAUUUGGUUCUUGAGCGUGAUGAGAGGGCCAAUAAUACAUAUGUCAGUGACCAAAGGGCCCUGCAUGAAUACGACGAGGACCUCGUGGAUUAUAAUGAGCUGGAAGAGGAUGUGAUAGGAACCACACUGGAUAACCCACCAUCUGGUGGAGUACGACUGAGGACUGAAUCGACCAGGAGCAACAGUUUACCUACAGGAUAUAUGCCAAUGAACGGGAUUGGUUCAGAUGGCUCUCGGCAGACUGGAAUGAAGAAUGGAGACCUGGGAUCAAAGCGCUCACUGAGAAUGCGGAAUGAAUCCACGACUCGGACUAUCUCGGAGUCAUCAGAGGGUCGAGGGACAGCAUCCUCGCUGGAUCUCUACGAAGAGAUUUCUUUGAACGGAACGCUGCAGCUCCGUGGCCACCGCUCUCGAGACAGCAGUGCACGUUUCUCCAAUGGCACGAACAUGAUGAUCUCCCCAUCUGAUGAAGCAGAGGUGGAUAUUAACGGAUAUGUAAUGCCAGAACAAAAAAGCACUACAACUGAAAACCUGAAACCUGCUAAUGAUGUAGGUCCCUUAAACACUAAAGCCAGUGAAGUGAACACUACACAGCUACCUGAGAAUCGGAAAGAAUCGGACUCAAAACCAAGUGAUCACCAGGAAUACGAGUACAUGAACAAACGAGCCUACCUCAAUGGCUGUGUGAAUGUUGUGCAAAACCCAGAAUACCUGGAUGACAGUAGUGUGUUUGUUACUGAGGGUGACAUUCAUGCUUUUGAUAACCCAGACUACUGGCACAACAGUCUGCCAGCAAAGUCAGAAAUAAAAAGGACAUAGAGCAUCAACUUCACGGUUCAGUCUAGAUAACUGGCAACUCAACAACAAGCAAAGAGUUGAUUUCUGAACUUUGGAAGGGUUGGGGUGUGGUGAGGAUGGGUGACUAGAUUUCAAAAUCAGAAGACUGACAGUCGAACUGGAGAGAUUGAUGUCUUUGUGUGCAUCAUCCAAUUUGUGCCAGUUGUGAUAAAUACGUAUUGUAGAAACACACGUGAAUGAAGCAUUCUCAUCUCCUGCCAUUAAUGCACAAUACAAAAGAGGGAGGGGAAGUUUAAAGCCUUACCUAUUCAACAGGACCUGUUUUGUGUUGUUCCUUCAAAGCAGAAUGCAAGAAGAAUCUAGAUAUCUCAAUUGGAAACAAUCCCUGACCUCGAUAAUAGUCAUUAAUGACACGGCACCCUGCAGCACGUGUAGUUUUAGUAUGGACAUGCAAGAUAUUUGGGGAAUGAGGCAGACUAGGCAAAACAGCAAACUUGGAGUGCAAAAACUGUUGUCUUUAUGGACUACAUCUUUGGAAUAUUGAUCCCAACAGUGUAUUGUUCUAUAGCUGAAGAAUUGCCACUGGUCACUGUGUUAAUGAACAAGGAAAAAGGACCAGCAGUGAAAGUGUGCAGAAUGAAGUAUAAUUUUAUGUCUCCUUCACAAGAUUUUGCUCUUGUACAAAACACUUGAAAAUGGACUGGCCUGAAUAGGGAAUGAUAACAAGUUAUUUUUUAAGGCAGCUAAAAGAUUAUGGUAAGAGGUUAAUGUCUAGAACUUGGGCAUCAACAUUCUUAUUUCUGUAAUUGUCUUCUGAUGUUUUAAAGUAUUCCCAUCUGAAAUAUAAUUUUGUCACCUUUGAUUAUCACCAUUCACAGAGGAGAGUUAGAAAAACUUGGCUGAGGCACUACCAUAUGUCUGGUGGGGGAGAGAGAAAUAUCGGGAGGUUGUUCGGGGACAGAGAGGGACAUAACCCAUGCCAAAAACUAUGAACAGGGUUGGGAUAGAAAGAAGGAUUUUCUCAACAGUCUCCAGUAGUUUGCUCAACCACCAGUCAGGAUAGUUUCUGAAUAAAAUAGACUUGGCCUUUUCAUUUGCCAUAAAAAUGCUGGAAGGAGGAGUGUUUUUACAGGAAAGUUUCAAACAAACAUUAGAAUAAAAUAUUCUGAAGGGUGAAGAAUGCUAGAAGUGAAGCAAGAUCUGGGACCAUAGAAUCCAGAAGAAAAGGUUCUUUUGCAAGAUUUGCUAAGAGUUAUGGUGCUUUUAGUAAUGAUGAACCAAACAUUAGCCUAACUGACCACAAAGUAAAUGCACGGGUUAUUCAGACACCAUUUUAUGGUACAUCAAGAGUAGGCAGAAGUUCAAAUCCACAUCUUCAGUUGCUUACCUUGAUCUCUAAAAAUGUCAAUAGAUUUUGUAAUUCUUUUGUUCUUUUUGAAGUUCACUUUGGAAAAAUCGGAUGUGCUUUUAUUUGAGCACCGUGUAACUAUAUAUAAGUCACCAUGCACAGUGGCUUCGCUACCUCUAUUUCCCCAUCCCGUCAGCAAACAAAACAUGCUUUUGCAAUGAUAGCGCAACAAAAUGUUGUGAGAGGACUUCUUUGUUUUUAUCUGUAUAUAAAUGUCGAGCCGGGAUACUUGAACAUAAUAAUGUGUGAUCAGUGCUUUGACUAAUUAACUCUGAUGGGUGCAAAAGAUCACACGGUAUUGAUCUGAGGACCUAUUGUGGGUAUUUCACAAAUUGAGUUCUAUACUGUAUUUUGUUUUCUUGCUUUUCUCAAAUGAAGCAGCAAUGAUGAAUUUAUGAGCCAAUGUCAGAUUCCUUUUGGUGUUACUUGAUAUAGAUUCCCUGAAAAAUUCAGUGAUCAAAUUUAGUUUAUAUCUGUUGGUUUGAUAUAAUUUUAUAUGUAUUUACAUUUAUCCCUUUUUGUUCAUGCUUUGGGAUAUGGUUUCCUCUGGUAUAUACACUAAUGUUUACGUGUAAAAGGGGUAAUUAAUUAUGGAAUUCUACAGUUUAUGCUGUUCUUGUCUUGUGCCAGCACAGUUGGAUGUCGGGAAAGACAGGUGUCAGGAAGAGGUUGUCCUCCGAUAGAGAUAAGUACUGAUAAGCACUGUGUCCUUCUUCACUUGCUAGUUCAGACUGCUGGUGUCCUUGCUGAAACCAGCUAACUCAGAUUUAGCUCUUGUGGUCUGCAUGACUUAGCGUUUUUACAAAAUGUGCCUUCAUCCAGCAAAGAAACCCCAUUGUUAACCAUUUCUUCUCCCAUCCUUUCCCAAAAGUGCUUACUGUUGGUUGAGGGAUCAAGGGACAGGUUAACAGGAGCUUGAAUCCCUCAGCAACCCAUUCAUAUCUCUACUUUUCAUGUGUGAGGACAGAUAUAUGGAGUAAUGGGGGGGGGGCGUAUAUGCAAGUCAAGUCAUGUGGCCUAGAAAUUCUUUGCACAAUGCAACAUGCUUGUACACCAUGCUGCAUCAAAGAGUGCUAAAAUCCCAAAUUAUACUGUGCAAGACUGACUCACCAAAGCAGGUCUUAAAUGGAAGGUUAAGCAUUCUUUCACUUUAAGGCCGACCUUACCUAGCUGCAGCUGGAGAGUUUUAAAGUAUCCAGCUUCCUCCAGGUUGGUGCCUUUUCUUUGAUAAUGAUUGCUACCUUCCCACCUUGCCCUUGCUGCUAAAGACCUUGGAGCCUGUCCUCAGCCCAGCAUCUCUCUGAUCAUCACCAAUCAGUGCACUGAUAUUUCAUACUCUCACAAAAAAGAAAUAUUAAUAAAGGGCAACUGGGUCUGUACCCCAAGACAGGCUGGGCCUUCAGAGCAGAAGAAAAUUAGAGAAGGGAAACUAACUUCUUUUUGAAAAGAAUGCAUUGACUUUGUUGCUGCUUGAGUACUGUAACAAGUUUCAGAGGGGUGUUUCAUGUAGAAUUAACCCCAUGAUUACUUCAAACCAAUCAAUUGUCUCAUAGUACUCAAAUUCUAAUACCUACAGGACUGACAUACUUUCAUUUUUCUGAGACUACAGUGCUUAAUAUUUUAUGUUGACUGGAAUGAAGAAAACAGUGGUAAAGUUAAACUUCUAAUUUUUUUAUUUUUUAAAGAUUUAUCAGAAUUAAUGUGUUUCUGUUUUACGAAGUAUGAGCUUAUGACCGAAGACUUGCUGAGUAUUAAAAACAGAAAUGAUUGUUGUGUAAAAUAGGGGAGAUGCUAUUAGAUAUUGCUUAAUGUAUAGUUUCUUAACUGCUAUUGUGUAAUUAAUGCUGUUUUUAUGGAAUCUUGGGGAUUUUGUUGGAAGCUGUACAUUGUGUAAAAUUUAAAUAAAUAUUUGUACAAAAAUGCA